CCUGUAAAUCUCUCUGGCGUCUCCGGAGCCGAAGUGACAGGCGGCUCUAUAGCUGGCCGCUCCGCGCAACGGCUACAGGGGCACCGAGCAGGGAGAGAGACACAGCCAGAGAGGGAGAGAGAGAGAGAGAGACAGCCCAAUUCAAUUUACGCAGCAUUGACAAAAAAAUAAAAAAACAAUCCGCAUUUGUGACCGCGUAGGGUUAAUAUUGCAGCGAAAUCCACAGACCCUGAAAUACACAUUUCGAGUAGUUAUUUAAGAUUAUUCCGCCGGUUCAUCGAUUUUAUUGACGCCGAAGGAAAGUGACAUCGAUUCUGUGAGCGUCCGUCGCUCGACUGGAUCUCUUCAUGGAAGACGGCUGAGAGGGAGAGAGGUCGGACCGAGACUCGGAAACCCCUCCGAAAUGAGAAGUGUGGAGGAUUCGUCAUUGCUGCGGAUUUAAAUGCCUCUCUCCAAGAGGGCACGGAGGACCGCUUAUUUCGGACAAGUUCACGCGUGUUGUCGUGUGUGCUGUACGCCGUAGACCCCAGUUUACGAUUCAUAUGUUACCCUGCUGAAAUACACACGGACUCAAAUCCGUUGGGCAAGAAGAAUCGAAGGUGAAGAGGGGGAAUUUUUUUUAUUAUUUUUUCCCCCCAAGCAACAUGGCUGGCGAGUGGGGCUGGGGACGGUGGCACGGACUCUCCAAGGCGCCUCGAUGCUAGCCGAAGCAGGUGGUCCCGUCCCCCGUGGAAGCGGCAGCUCUAUGAGGACAAACAGUAUUAACUCUAAUAAUAUACACAAGGACUCCUCGAUCUUCAUGUCUAAGAUGGAAGACGUGGUCAUCCCGUUCUCCUCCGAAGUCCCCUGCGACAAUAAUGGACAGCGCAUGUGGUGGGCAUUCCUCGCCUCCUCCAUGGUGACGUUUUUCGGGGGUCUCUUCAUAAUUCUGCUGUGGAGGACUCUUAAGUAUCUGUACACGGUGUGCUGCCACUGCAACAUCAAACCCAAGGAGGUCCAGAAGCUGACCAACCCCGUGGUUAUUCAGGCAGACGGGACGAUCAAGGCAGAUGAGAAGGAGGAAGUGCCCAUGAGCGAGGUGGGGUGGAUGACCUCAGUCAAGGACUGGGCGGGAGUCAUGAUAUCUGCCCAGACGCUCACCGGCCGAGUGCUAUGUGGAUUCCUGAUGCAGGUGUUUGCAUGGAGGUGA